CUUCUCCAACAUUUAAAGAUACCAUAGAUGCUAAACAACGAUCCAAGUCUUUCAUAUUAAGGAUAAAUGAGAUAGCAGAGAUAUCAAAUAUAAUAAAUACAUUAGGGAUGAUAAAUAUCGAAGAUUUUGCUGCCUUUAAUCAUGUAUUUCAGCCAGAAUAA